AUGGUCAAUAUUCUUAUGCUCGGGCUUCUCGCCUGCUCGAGCCUCACCCACGCGAUUCCUAUAGCGCAGCAAUCUGCCGAUGUCGCGAGUAUCCUCAACCGCCGUGCAGUAGUCGAUGCCUGCCCUGGCUACACUGCUUCCAACGUUGUUGAGAGCGACUCAGGGUUGACCGCCGACCUUACUCUUUCUGGCGCGGCGUGCAACGCUUACAGUGAUGAUAUCAAGGACUUGAAAUUACUCGUUGAAUACCAGACUGACGACCGUCUUCACGUCAAGAUUUAUGACGCCGACGAACAAGUCUACCAGGUUCAGGAGGAAGUGUUUCCCCGCCCCAAGCACGAGAAGGCGUCCGCUGGAAGUGCUGCACUUCAAUUUGGUAUCAAAACGAGCCCAUUCUCGUUUGCUGUGAAGCGUAGGGACAAUGGCGAGGUUCUGUUUGAUACCGGAACUGUUCCUCUGGUCUUCGAGAAGCAGUAUGUUCGCCUGCGUACUAAGUUGCCCGACAAUCCCAAUCUCUACGGUCUUGGUGAGCACAGCGACUCUUUCCGUUUCGCCACGGACAACUACGAGCGCGUCUUGCUGAACGCGGAAUCGCCCAACAUUCCCAGGAAUGCUAACCUGUACGGAACGCAUCCCGUCUACUUUGACCACCGCGGUGACAAGGGGACCCACGGCGUCUUCAUGCUCAAUUCCAGCCCAAUGCAAGUUGAGAUCAAAAAGGCCGACGGCUACCAGUACCUUGAGUACAACACCAUCGGUGGCGUCAUCGAUUUGUACUUCAUGGCUGGUAGCAAGCCCGCCGAGGUCUCCAAGCAAUACGCUGACAUCGCCGGCUACUCCGCCAUGUACCCAUAUUGGACCUUUGGUUUCCACCAGUGCAAGUAUGGAUACUGGGACGUCAACAUGGUCGCUGAGGUCGUUGGCAACUAUUCGACUGCUGGAAUUCCCCUCGAAGUCAUGUGGACUGACAUCGACUACAUGUACCUUCGCGAGGAUUUCACGACUGAUCGCGAGCGCUUCCCUCUCUCGAAGAUGCGCGAGCUUGUACAGACGCUUCACUCUCGCGACCAGCGUUACAUUCUGAUUCUCGACCCUGGUAUUCACGCUGUUGGCGGUCAGUACGUCACUUAUCAGAAGGGUCACGACAUGGAGGUUUUCCUCAAGGCCGCAGACGGUACCGAUCUACUUGGCGUACAGUGGCCCGGUGAAGUCGCAUGGCCUGAUUGGUUCGCGCCCAACACAGAGAAGUGGUGGGCUGGUGAGAUUCAAGCAAACUUCAACCCAGAGAACGGUAUCGAUCUGGACGGUCUCUGGGUCGACAUGAACGAAGCCUCCAACUUCUGCCAGGAUGUUACUACCUGCAACCCCCGCCAGCAAGCGAUCGAUCAGAACAUUCCACCACCACCUGCGAACGCGCCACGACCCAACACUGGCCGUCCCAUUCCUGGGUUCCCGGCUUCGUUCCAACCAGGAAGCACGCUCAAGGCUCGUGAUUCUUAUGAUCUCUCGGAGCGUAGUGCACCUGUUGUUGAAGUUCGUGCCUCAAAGUCUGUCUUCCCCCGCCAAUCUUCCAAUGGCAACAUGAAGGGCUUCCCUGACCGUGAAUGGUUCAAGCCCGCGUACCAUAUCAACAGCCAUCUGGGCGACGUUUCUCGUCAGACCAUUCCCAUGAACACUACAAACUACGACGGUACCUACCAGUACGACACGCACAACAUGUACGGCCACAUGAUGGCAGGAACAACCCGUGAAGCGAUGUUGGCCCGCCGUCCCGCGCUCCGUCCCUUUGUGCUGACGCGCUCCACCUUCGCCGGAUCUGGUAGCAAGGUUGCUCAUUGGUUCGGUGACAACUUCUCAGCCUGGGACGACUACCGGAUUUCCAUCCGUCAGAUGCUGUCUUUCGUCUCGAUGCAUCAGAUGCCCAUGGUUGGCUCUGACGUCUGCGGUUUCAACGGCCAAGCAGACCAGUACAUGUGCGCUCGCUGGGCUGUCAUGGGAGCCUUCCAGCCUUUCUACCGUAAUCAUGCAGCAAAUGACGCCGCCCAGCAGGAGUUCUACCAGUGGCCCGUUGUCGCUGAGGCUGCUAAGAAGGCUAUUGAUACUCGUUACAAGCUCCUCGACUACAUCUACACUGGCCUUUACUACCAGGGCAAGGAGGGUACACCUAUGAUCAACCCAAUGUUCUUCCUUUACCCAGAGGACACGAAUACGUUCGGUCUCGACCAGCAGUGGUUCUACGGCGACGCGCUGUUGAUCACACCCGUCGUAACUGAGUACUCCGACACUGUCACGUACUAUCUGCCAGAGGACACUUUCUACGACUACUGGACCUACGCAAAGGUCGAGGGUGAGGGUAAGAACGUCACUGUCAGCAACCUGGGCUACAGCGACAUUCCCGUCCACAUCCGCGGUGGUUCCAUCGUCCCGCAACGUGUCGCCAGCGCCAACACGACCAAGGCUGUGCGUCAACAGGACUUCCUCGUCAUUGUUGCGCCUGAUACGGAUGGCAAGGCGACUGGCCGUCUGUACCUCGAUGAUGGAGAGAGCAUUCAGCAGUCUGGUACCAGUGAAAUCUCCUUCUCGUUUGACAGUGGCAAGUUCAGCGCGACAGGUACAUUCGGAUACUCGGGCGCCGAUGGGGAGAGCAUCACCGUUGGCCAAGUCGUUGUGCUGGGCCAGAGCCAGGCUGGCGCUACCGGCAACUUUGACGCUGAUAAGGGUGCUGUCACGGUCGAUGGGCCGUGGAAGAUGGAUAAAGAGUUUAAUUUCCAGCUAUGA